CAAGAGGGGCCGAGAGAGGCUGCGUCGGGUCCGGCCGGUCGGUCGCGUAGCUGUCCCGUCGGCGGCGCCUUUGGUAGCCGAAAGGUAGAAGGAUCCCCCCACACCCGUUCGCCGGAGAGGAGGCGCCUGGCGACUCCGCCCUCCGGACGUCCAGCAGCAGGCCGCGAGAGAGGGUGUCCUCCCCGCGGCGGCGCGCCGAACGAGCACUAGCCAUGCCGCCGGCCUACGCGCGGAGCGGCCAGCGCCGUCGCAGUUAGCCCCGCCGAGAGACCCAUGGAUUACGCGGUGCGCUGGUUCGCCGCUGCCGUGCUCUUCCUCGCCUUGCUCCUGCGCACGGCAACGACAGUGAAGGUGUCCGAAGGCGUGAACGGCAUCAGCCAUUUCAACAGGCGGCGGCUCAUCGACCCCAAGAUGGAGGCGUAUCGAGAAUCCAUGGCGAUGCGGUGGCAACUCAUCAUGGAGCCAGCGCGCGUGUGCAAGAAGAAGCGGCUGCUGCGCGGCCGCAAGGCGCGCAUUUGCCGCAAGGAGCCCAAGGUGGUGCGCGAGAUCGCGCGGGGAGUCGACCUGGGAAUUCGGGAGUGCCAGAAUCAGUUCCGCUUCCAUCGGUGGAACUGCUCGACGCUCCGGUCGUCCAUGAAGAAAGUGCUCAUGAAAGACACUCGCGAGGCGGCGUUCGUGGACGCCAUCGUGGCGGCGGGUGUGGUGUACGCGCUGACAGAGGCGUGCGCCCAGGGUCGCCUGCUCGAUUGCCAAUGCAGGCGGCGGCACAACGCCGUGAACCACCUGCAGGGCCGCACUGGCUGCGACCACUUCGUCGACUUCGGAUAUCACAAGUCGCGCGACUUCAUGAACCGGAAGCGCGUCGGUGACCUGCGUGCCACCAUCUUGUCGCACAACUACGAGGCCGGACGACAGGCCGUGCGACUGCACCUGGAGCGCGUGUGCCGCUGCCACGGCAUGUCCGGCACCUGCUCGCUGAAGACGUGCUGGCGCAAGCUGCCCACCUUCAGCAAGGUGGGGCUGCGGCUGAAGCAGCGCUUCCAGGGCGCGGUGCGCGUCACGGCCGGCAACUCGGGCAAGGGCUUCGUACCGGAGACGGUGAGGCCGCCGGGACGCGAGGACAUCGUUUUUUCCGAAGAGUCGCCCGACUACUGCGAAGCCGACCGGCGCACCGGAUCCCUGGGCACCAGGGGGCGCCUCUGCAAGCUGGGCUCGCAGGGUCCCGACGACUGCCGGACCCUGUGCUGCGGUCGCAAGGUGCGCAGCCGGCAGACAGUGGUGAGCGUGGCGUGCAACUGCACCUUCCAGUACUGCUGCAACGUCACGUGCCAGACGUGUCUCGAGACUCUGCACGAGACCACGUGCCUAUAGGGGGUCAACGUUCAAUGUGUGGGGACCACCAAAGAGCGCUCUUCUGGAAGUGUGCCGCUGUGCUGCGCCUUAGCUUUGCUCUGAACGCUACGAGGAACUAGUGUGUGGCUUAGUGAUCGAAUGGUGUGACUGUGAGAGACUUUCUCGAAUGCCCUGAACAUCGACGCUGCUUCCAAACGACGUAUGCACGCGACUGACAGAGAACUGCUUCCUUCUUCUUCAUUCGACCGCUGCAGUUAGCUUCGUCCUCGAUUAGUAGCUCACUCGCGCUUGCUUCACAACUUCGACAACGCCGGUAACGAAGAUUCGAAGCACCAUGGGAGAAUCGUGGUUCGAGACAGCGCUUAGACAGAUGGGUCCACAAGGGGCAGGCUUCUGCCGGGACACGUCAAUGGCGCGGGCUCGCCAGACUUAAGAACAGAAACAAAGAGAACAAAAGUGCUUCUUCAUUUUCGACAAGGUCUGUGAUAUAGUAAACUGUGGGCUCCGUGAGCUCGUGCUUUGAACGACCGGCGGCCUGUGUCUGUGCGUGUGUGUGUUCGUAUUCUGCGUGUAUACAUGUGUGGACUAAAAAGCCGGUAUUUCGGGCAAAGUGUGCCAACCGUUCGUUGUGUAUCGCGUCCAUGGCACUGGCGGCUUUCAGAGCCGGGGAAGCUGUGUGCGCGCGCUUGAGGACAAUCUUAUGUAUCGAACGCGCGACGUGUGUUGACGGUAAAUUGAGUGUAGGUGUUUUUUUUUCUUUAGCUGUUGUUGCUAUUUUUUUGGCAAUUUGAAGAUGAGGACAGUCGUUUGCUGCUCCUUGGCCUUCGCGGCUGAUGGCAUUUAAGACCUGGUAUAGUCAAGCUUCCACGUUUUUGUGUUCUUCCUGUGGGUUUCUUUCUUUUCAGUCAGGAGCAAACGAUGAGAUGGCUGUUUAUGGUACUGUGGCGCCCCACGAGGCCGUGCAUUCGAUGCUUGCAGGCUAUGAGAAAUUUUUCUUAAUAUGCGCGGCUAUUUGAUGUAUAGUUUAAGGCAUUUUACUAACCUGCGUGCAUCAGUGCAAUUUACAUGACGGCUUUUUAUGUCGUGUUAGUUUGUGUCGUAGUAUUGUUGUUAGCGACAUACGUGUGCGUGAUAUAUGUUUCUUUCUUUCUUUUUUGGGGGGGAGGGGCAGGUGAGACGUCAGAGACUUUAUUGCGGCUGGUAUGCAGUGUUGAUCGUGCUUGUCUGUCACAAUAAGCCUUUCCUGCUUUUUCAUUUCUAUAGGCCAAACAAAACGAGAAUGAUGUUUUUUUUUAUUAUUGAGAAUGGGAGGGCGGAUGUAGUUUAAAACUCAUGAUUGAGUCAUUGAGCAGGAGAAUUUCAGAACAGCGGUAUUUGUUUUGUUCACUAAAAGCCCACAAUUUCUUUGAGAAAAGCUUCGUUCUUCACAACUGUGAUCGGCGCUAUUGUGUUGUACCGCUUUGAAUGGUAGGUGUUUGCAUUCAAGAAUUUUUCUUCGUAAGCUUUUUUUUUUUUUUGACCGCUAGCUCUUGGGGUAUUUUUGCUUUUUUUGUUUUUCAACGUGAAAGCUCGUUGUUUUAGAACAACAAAACAAAACAAUUUAUAUAGAACAUGGAAUUUCAACACUCACCUAAGUCAGCAUGCCCAGUCAACUUGGCUAGCUAACUGCCUGCACCUCAAUAUUUACAGAAUACACGAAAAAAUGCACCGACGUAUUCGUGCCAAAGAUUAUAAUGCGAAGUGAACGAGCUGCUUGCACGCUUACUUGCAGGAAGGUUUUCAUCGUCGUAAAAAGUGUCCACUUUCAUGCGACAUUUAGGCUUAGCUAAGUAAUAUCUUGAACAUUUCUUAUCUACUUGCCACAUUACAUUCUUGUUUUGUUCCGAGGAGAGUGAUUAUAGCUGCUGUAAGACCACAGUCAAUGUUGUGGGCUCUUAUUAUUUAAUUACCACCGUAACAGCAGCACUUAAGAAGGCACUGGGUUACAGAAGAAUAACAUGGUCACGAAUAAUUGUAGUAUACCAGCCAAAGGACGCUCAUUGCAGCUCUACUAAUGUUCGCUUCCGCUAUUUAUUGUGUUGUGAGAAGCAUUUAUGGCAUUAUUCGCGUAGCUCUUACGCCGUUCAUAACACGAAAAUGAGCGAACACUACACGUUAGAUGCGUCUGUAUUAUAACGAGCAUUCAGCGUAUAUAAACACAACUGUUUAUUAACUUUGUCGCGGAGAGACAAAAUCUUCAUCAGGGCUGUUGAAACCAUGCAAUAACCGCCGUAAUCAUUAAGUCAUUUGCCGCAAACGUAAUUGGCGAUUUUGUAAACUUUGUGCUGCACAGUGGAAAGAAACCGGUAUAACAAUGAGCUCAUCUUCGUCGCUAAAAGAUUCAGCGCUGCGCCUUUACAGAAUCUGCUGCCGGAUUGUCCAUACUGCAAUUGACGUUGGUAGCGUGAGUAAUGACUGCCCUACCUAAUGAAACCACCAGCAUCACACUAUCAAAAUUUAUUUCAUCCCGCAUGCGUUGUUUAGAUGAUGAUAUCAUAACGCGCAGAGAUUUUAACAGCCUAAUCUUCGAUGACGUUCAUUUGCUGAAAACGUGACAACGUUAUAGAACAAAAUUUCACACGCGAAGUGGGGCAGCUUGGGCUAGUUGGUUUGGCAUGACGAUAGUUAUAGCGCGAGAACAAAACGACGACACAGAGACAAGAAGGAUUCGUGUCCUUCUUGUCUCUGUGUCGUCGUUUUGUUCUCGCGCUAUAACUAUCUUCACACGCGAGUGCUGAAAGACGCCAUCACUUCCGCGGUGUCAGUACGAAGUCGCGUAAUGUCCGCGUUUUUUUUUUUAAUCGCAUCAUUUUCAAUAAAUCCGCCCCUUUGUAACAGAGUCGCAAGUUUUGGUUUCCAGGCAACAGCUACGUCGUCUACGUUUUGAGCUUACUUGACAGAUUUAACUUAUUUUAUUACGCAACACGAGCGUUAUGUUUUAUCUCUACGUGGGCCUCAUUGCGACUUUUGUUUACCACCAGCGUGCCUUCAGUGCCAUCAGAAAGAUUUUUUUUUUUUUGCCUUCAGUCUUCGUGUGCCCUAUAAAGAUGUUGUUUCGUAAACUA